AUUAUUUUAUCUGAUUAAGACGUCGGCGGCAACUGACACUGACGCUCAUAGAAGUUGCGGGUUCCAGCCCAGUCUAGCACCAAAGGUUGAACAUUAUAGUUCACUUACAACUUGCAACUUCCAACUUGUCACCAUUAUAAUUCUGCCAUAAUCUUAACUUUACUUACUCCCCAACUCCACCCAUUAUUUUCCUUUCCUCUCCAACAUACCCCAAUCCCGAAUUGGCAACAUAAGAAACUUGCUAUCCCAACCAACCCAAAUAACCAGGCAGACAUGUCCAACACCGACUUCCUCGGUCGAGCGAUCGAGACCGUCCGUCGCGCCAUAGACGCCGACAACGCCAACGAAUACGAACGAGCCUAUCAACUCUACUACCAAUCGCUCGAGCUCUUCAUGCUCGCCCUAAAAUGGGAGAAGAACCCGAAAUCCAAAGAAAUGAUCCGCCAAAAGACAGGCGAAUACAUGGACCGAGCCGAGAAAUUAAAAGCCCAUCUCUCCGACGCCGACGCCAAACGUAAGAAGCCGGGUCUGGUCGGGGCGAACGGGUCAUCUACAGGCGGGACGGGGAAGGGGAAGCAGAAUGGUGAGGAUGGGGGUGUGGAUGAGGAUAGUAAGAAAUUGCGGAAUGCUCUCGCUGGUGCUAUUUUGCAGGAUAGGCCGAAUAUUAAGUGGGAUGAUGUUGCUGGGUUGGACGGCGCAAAGGAGGCAUUAAAAGAGGCUGUACUGUUGCCCAUCAAGUUUCCUCACCUAUUCCAAGGGAAACGUCAACCGUGGAAGGGUAUCUUGCUCUAUGGUCCUCCGGGUACGGGUAAGAGUUAUUUGGCAAAGGCUGUGGCUACCGAAGCAAACAGUACCUUUUUCAGUGUGAGCAGUAGUGAUUUGGUGAGCAAAUGGAUGGGUGAAAGUGAAAGGCUAGUCAAACAACUUUUCGCUAUGGCACGAGAAAACAAACCCUCUAUCAUCUUUAUCGACGAAGUCGAUGCCCUCUGCGGUCCUCGAGGCGAAGGCGAGUCGGAAGCAUCUCGAAGAAUUAAAACUGAGAUGUUGGUACAAAUGGAUGGUGUUGGAAAAGACUCAACGGGUGUACUUGUAUUGGGCGCAACAAAUAUCCCAUGGCAACUGGACGCUGCUAUCCGAAGACGAUUCCAACGACGAGUACACAUCAGUCUACCUGACGUCAGCGCGAGAACAACUAUGUUUAAGCUUGCUGUCGGAGAAACACCAACAACGCUAAAGAGCGAAGACUACCGAGAAUUGGCAAAACUUGCUGAGGGUUAUUCUGGAAGUGAUAUUACCAUUGCCGUACAAGACGCCCUGAUGCAACCUAUACGCAAAAUUCAACAAGCCACACAUUUCAAGGAGGUAACGUUGGAUGGAAAAACUCGCCUAACACCAUGUUCCCCAGGCGAUCGCGGCGCAAAAGAAAUGACGUGGGACGAUGUCGAAGCAGAAAUACUACUCGAACCUCUAGUCGACUUCAAGGACUUCGUCAAGGCCAUCAAAUCAUCAAGACCGACAGUAUCCGAGGAGGACUUGAAGCGGAAUUCAGACUGGACUAAGGAGUUUGGAAGUGAAGGAAACUGACUGGGAGGCAUUAUGGAGCGCAAUGGCAUUACAAGGCGUUUGGGGGCCGCUGAAAUUAUCCUUCUUGUUUUUAUUUUGGCAACUCAUGGCUAGAUAUCUGAGUUCGUUAGCCAUCGGAGUAUAUACAAUUGCUUGUACUAGACACGGAG